AUGGUGUGUCAAUCAAAAUUUGUUGGUGGUCUUGGUUUCAAAUCCUUAGCCCAUUUUAACCAAGCUAUGUUGGCUAAGCAAGCUUGGAGAAUACUUAAAUAUCCUAAUCCUCUUCUUAGCUCAAUCCUCAAAGCUCGUUACUUCUCUCAUACUUCUAUCCUCGAUGUUGGCCCUGGUCAUAGCCCUUCAUACUCUUGGCGCAGUAUUCUUUGGGGAAGAGACUUGAUGAAGCAAGGUCUUAUUUGGAAGGUGGGUAAUGGUAAUACUGUUCGCACCAUUGAAGAUCAUUGGCUUCCUGAUUUUAGAAUUAAGUCAUAUUCCUCUCCUCCUCCAUCUGACAUUCUUAAUGUCCCAAUCUCUGGUAAUAACUGUCAAGAUGAUCUUUUUUGGAGCAGAAAUAAUUCUGGUCUUUUCAGUGUCAAAACUGCCUAUCGCCUAACUCUUACUUCUAGGGAUAUUCCUUCUUCAUCAUCUUUUCGCCAAAGCAAACAUUUUUGGUCUAGGAUCUGGUCUUCCUCUGCUCCCCCGAAAGUUAGACAUCUGGUGUGGCGUGUGCUGUCUAGUUCUAUCCCUGUAGCCUCUUCUCUAUUUCAUAGACGCAUCAUACCUUCCCCCAUUUGUCCUAUCUGUCAUAUGAAGUGGGAAACUGUGGAACAUACUAUACUUGAAUGCUCAGGUGCUAAAAAAGCUUGGAAACAUUCUCAAUUUUUUGACUUUUAUGUUCGUAAUAAAAGAUUAAAUAUUUAUGAUUUUAUUGUUCAAGCUAUUGAUCUCUAUGACAAAUAUAAUGUUUAUUCUCCCCCGACUGGAUGCUGGAAAAUCAACACCGAUGCUGGUAUUAGAAACACUGCAAAAAAACAUAGUCUGGGAAUAGUGGUCAGGGAUGACUGUGACAAUAUAAAGGCUGGUUUGAUUGUUCCCAUUGUGGGUUUAGUUCCCCCUGAAGUUGCUGAAGCUAAAGCCAUUUUGACUGCUCUUUCCUGGUUGCAGGCCACCAAGCUUCCUGUCACAGUUCUUUAA